CGUUCCAAACUCUUUAAAAGCAUUAACCGUUCAAGGCUUCAAGCUUAUAUUAAAUUCACAGACUGACAGGGGCUGAACUAAACCCUUCUGCAGAUGCACUAACUUCUCUGCAAGCUGGUUCCUGAUUUGCUGCAGCAGCUUCAUCCUUUCUUUGUAGUUAGCUUGUAGCUGAAAGAAAUUGAGAUGGGGAAGACCCAGAUUUUAGUUUUUGUUCUUCUGUUGCAGGCGGUCGUCAACGUUAAUGGCCGAUUCCUUAGAUACAGGAGUUCUUCCCAACUGGUUUCGGAUGGGAUGGAUGAUGAGUCUCCCAUGCUACUACUGAAAAGCCAGGAACCGUCGUCGUCGGAAGCCUGCGAGCAUAUGUAUGGCUUCUUGCCCUGCACAGAAAACCUUGCGGGGCAUCUGUUCCUGGUUGUGGUUUAUGAAUACAUGUUGUUUAUUGGAGAAAAGUAUCUGUCAUCUGGGAGCAAGCUCCUCUUCGAGAUCCUUGGCGAGGGAGUCUAUGGUGCCUCUUUUUUUCACAUUCUUGGCACACUGCCGGAGUCCAUGAUUCUUCUUGUGUCUGGACUUUCUAAUAGCAAAGAGAUAGCUCAGAAGAAUGUCUUGACAGGAGUUGGCCUGCUUGUGGGCUCAACCGUAUUGCAUCUAACAAUUGUAUGGGGAACUUGCGUUAUUGUUGGCAAGCACAAAUUGUCGGAGCCAGAGUGUUCGGCCACUGAAGAUUUGCAGAGUUCGGCUUCAAAAGACUUGCAGUGCAAAAGACAAUUAAGAUGCUUAACUGGUUCAGGCAUAACAACUGAUUUAAAAACUAGCUACACUGCAAGGAUCAUGGUUCUAUCUGGGAUUCCAUUCAUUGUAGUGCAACUGCCAAGGAUCUUCAGAGUGUUUUCUUGGGAGAGAGUUAUAAUAUUGUUUUCUCUUAUCAUGUGUUUUGCAUUCUUGCUCUUUUACUUCAUCUACCAGUUAUUUCGACCUUGGAUUCAAGAGAGAAGCCUAAACUAUGUGAAGCAUGAGCACAUGAGACUACAAAUUUUAAAACAUGUCGAAAAUCAAGCAUUAGAGAAGCUCCUUGCAGAUGAUGGAACACCAAAUACAAGUGCAAUAAAAAGGCUAUUUGAGAAAAUUGAUCUAGAUGCAGAUAGUUAUAUAUCAUAUCCUGAGUUAAGGGAAAUGAUCAAAGAAAUCAAAUUUGGAAGGAUAAAUGUAGACAAGGAUGAUGCAAUUGCAGAAGUCAUUAAUGAGUUUGAUACAGAUGAUGAUCAUAAGAUUACCAUGGAUGAAUUUGUCAAUGGACUUGUGAAAUGGCUUUCUGAGGCUAAGGAUAUAAUUGGGAACCAAGCUCCACAUCAGCUAAAAUCUUCAGAGGACUUAUACAAGGUUUUUAAACCUUUGAUUCGGAAGAGAAAAUUGACAGCAAUGAUUUUAGCACACCUUAAUAGCAUUGCAGCUGAAAGACUCCUCAAAAGUGAUGGGGCACCUAAUCUUCCUAUUAUAAAAGGGUUGUUUAAGAAAUUUGAUCAAGAUGGAGAUAAUUGUAUUACACAGAGUGAAUUGAAAGAAUUAAUCUUUGGUGUCAAGUUUGGGAAGAUACAGGUAGACAAGGAUGGUCUAGUAAAAGAAUUAUUUGAAGAACUUGACACAAACCAUGAUCACAAUAUUAGUGAGGAGGAGUUUAUUGGAGGAAUUGAAAGAUGGCUUAGUGAGCAUAAACUUCAUAAGCAAGGUUUUGCUUCUAAGGAUAGACUGGACCUAGGAACUGUAGAUCAUCCAUGGAUUCGCAUAAAAGCUGUGCUCUUGUUACUGCUGGGAAUCACCAUAUUAUCUUUACUCGCAGAACCUCUUAUAGAGAGUGUCCAAAAUUUCUCCAGCAGUGCAAAUAUACCUUCUUUCUUUGUAUCUUUUGUUAUGGUUCCUCUGGCAACUAACUCUAGAGAAGCAGCAUCAAGAAUUAUCUCUGCAAGUAGAAAGAAGUCGACUACUACUUCUUGGACAUUUUCUGAGAUUUAUGGUGGAGUUUUCAUGAAUAAUAUCCUUGGGUUAUCUGUUCUUCUAUGCCUCAUCUUUUUCCGUGGCUUAACAUGGGAUUUCUCAACAGAAGCACUAGUUGUUCUUGUGGUUUGCACUGUGAUGGGUCUCUUUGCUAGUUUCCGCUCAACCUUCCCGCUAUGGACAUGCUUUAUGGCAUAUCUUAUGUACCCAUUCUCUUUGGUGUUGGUUUACGUUUUCAACUAUGCUUUGGGGUGGUCAUAGAGUAUUUCCAGUUUUACUAGAAAAAAGAGAAAGAAAAAAAAAAGUCAUUUUUGCAUGGCAGAUACAAAAUUUAUUUCAGUUGCAUUAUUCACAAUGUAUAGAAUAUGAUCUGGAAAGUAUUUUGUAAGUGAAAUUGGUUAUUUGAUUGCUUUUUUUCUACAGACUGAUGGAUCAAACUGAUCUCUCACUAUCAAAAUUAUCUUCAGUUCAUUUUA